AUGACAAAGGGCACCACGUCGAUGGGGCAGCGCCACGGGCGUACGCACAUUUUGUGCCGCCGUUGUGGGCGCAACGCCUACCAUGUGCAGUGGGAGCGAUGCGCUGCCUGCGCUUACCCUCGCGCCCAGCGCCGACGUUACAACUGGUCUGUCAAGGCCAUCAAACGCCGUCGCACCGGUACUGGCCGCUGCCGCUACCUGAAGGUCGUCCACCGCAGGAUCAGGAACCACUUCAAGACCGACAUCAAGGCCUAA